CUUCCAUUGAAAUUCAGAUAACUGUUUCCUGGUUAGAGAAAGGUUUAAACUUGAUCAGUUGUGUACGAUUCACCAAAUAAUCGCGCAUCUGAAGAGGAAUAAACAUGGGGAAAUCAUUCACUGUGGCUCACUGGCUUCUGCUCACGCUGGGACUAGUAACUGCUCAAGCAGAGAAAGCAGAGCAAGCUCUGCCAAACUGGCUCACGGGAAUCAUCGCCGUUGGUGUGUUCCUCUUUCUGAUCUUCGUCGCCUUCCUUGUAAACAAAGCCUGGUGUGAAACUCCAAGCAAACCAGAAGCUGUAUCCAAUGAAUACGCCAUGACCAAUGGAUCAACCCGUCUCGACGCAGUCAGGAGCAUUGAUGACUCUAAUGCCUACGAUGACGUGAUUGUUUACAAAACCGAUGAAAAGGUGACCGAGAUGUAAUCAAGGAAACGUCCACAACCAGCAAAGACAGCAUGCCAUGUUUACCUUAUCUUUUUUUUUUUUUUUUGUAUCAAGUUAUGAUUUUAAUAGCUUACACAGCUUAUCUAGUUCCAAAGGCUAGCAGUUUUUUUUUGAUUAUACAUUAAUUGUAGUUGAUUUUAAAAGGAAUUUGUUGUUGUAACAAUUUGUGAACAUUUUAAUAUAAUAUCAGACAUUCAGUAUAUCACUUGUUGGGCAGAUCUCUUUAAAUAGUAUUUAAAAAAAUCAAUAAUAGACCCUAAUAUUAAUAAAAUCAUAUAUACUACCAUUCAAAAGUCUUGGGUUGGUAGGAUUUUUAAAUGUUUUUGUUGGCUACAUACAUUAUAAUGCUAUUUUAAUAUGCAUUUUAAAUGCCUUUUUUUUCUCUCUGUGAUGCAACUGGGUUCUGCUUCUGGUUUGCUUUAGUUUCCUUCAAUGUCACAUAUUCUGAUUUGCUGUCCAAGAAACAUUUGUUUUUUUAAUGUUGAAAACAGUAGUGCUGCUUAAUAUUAUAGUGGAAACAUUUUUGAUGAAUGAAUUUCAAAAGAAAAUCA